AUGAACCCGGUGCCUCAUGAAACACAUGGUGGCCCAUUCGCGACCCUGCGCGCUUUGGAUGGUGUCCUUCUUGAUACCCUGCCCACGAUCACCGAGGACCGCACCUCUACACAGUCCUUCUCUCGCCCACUUACUGUGGAUGACAUCGCCGCCGUCAAGGCUCGUCUGGCCGAGACUGGUGCGGGGAAGGCAAAGGGACCGGACGGAGUCUCCUAUGCUCGUGUCCUGCAGAUCCCCAACGAGGAACUACGGGAUCCGGCAGGAUACCGAAACAUCGGACUGGAGAGCUGCCUCCUGAAGACCUUAACACUGCUCAUUGAUCGCCGCAUGCGGGAGUGGUCGGACGCAGAGGACAUCGUGCCCCCUCUCCAGAACGGCUUUCGGACAGGAUACAGAACGGAGAACAACGUGUUCACAUUACGCGUCGCUGCAGAGCAGGCGCAGUCACAGGGCAAGACGCUGUGGGUAGCAUUCGUGGACCUCGCGAAUGCGUUCCCCUCUGUGAACCAGAGUACCCUGUGGGCAAAACUGCGCGAUCUCGGUGCAGGGGGGCCGCUGUUUGAC